AUGACCCUCCUACCCCCACCUCCACCAUCUGCUCAGCCAGGAGCCAUUCCAAAGGUGAAAGUACUGGGCUGGGCGGCACUCCCAGGAAACUACCAUCAUGAGCAGACCCCUCCAGGCCAGACCUCCAUAUCACUUGCCGGAUUACAGCAGCCAUUAGCUGGCUUAAAUGUCGUCAUUUCACUUCUGACGGGGAACGCUUUUAUAAGGUGUUUAAAAGAAAAUGUAAUUAACUGGUUGCGUGCUUCUGUUGCAGCUCAAAUUGAAAUUAUUCCAUGCAAGAUCUGUGGAGACAAAUCAUCAGGAAUCCAUUAUGGUGUCAUUACAUGUGAAGGCUGCAAGGGCUUUUUCAGGAGAAGUCAGCAAAGCAACGCCACCUACUCCUGUCCUCGUCAGAAGAACUGUUUGAUUGAUCGAACCAGUAGAAACCGCUGCCAACACUGUCGAUUACAGAAAUGCCUUGCCGUAGGGAUGUCUCGAGAUGCUGUAAAAUUUGGCCGAAUGUCGAAAAAGCAGAGAGACAGCUUGUAUGCAGAAGUGCAGAAACACCGGAUGCAGCAACAGCAGCGAGACCACCAACAGCAGCCUGGAGAGGCCGAGCCGCUGACUCCAACCUACAACAUCUCAGCCAAUGGGCUCACAGAACUUCACGACGACCUCAGCAACUACAUCGACGGGCACACCCCUGAGGGGAGCAAGGCAGACUCAGCUGUCAGCAGCUUCUACCUGGACAUACAGCCUUCCCCAGACCAGUCAGGUCUUGAUAUCAAUGGAAUCAAACCAGAACCAAUAUGUGACUACACACCAGCAUCAGGCUUCUUUCACUAAUGUUCUUUAACCAAUGGAGAGACUUCCCCAACUGUGUCCAUGGCAGAAUUAGAACAUCUUGCACAGAAUAUAUCUAAAUCGCAUCUGGAAACUUGCCAAUACUUGAGAGAAGAGCUCCAGCAGAUAACGUGGCAGACCUUUCUACAGGAGGAGAUUGAGAACUAUCAAAGCAAGCAACGGGAGGUGAUGUGGCAAUUGUGUGCCAUCAAAAUCACAGAAGCUAUACAGUAUGUGGUGGAAUUUGCCAAACGCAUUGAUGGAUUUAUGGAACUGUGUCAAAACGAUCAAAUUGUGCUUCUCAAAGCAGGUUCUCUAGAGGUGGUGUUUAUCAGAAUGUGCCGUGCCUUCGACUCUCAGAACAACACCGUGUACUUUGAUGGGAAAUAUGCUAGCCCUGAUGUCUUCAAAUCCUUAGGUUGUGAAGACUUUAUUAGCUUUGUAUUUGAAUUUGGAAAGAGUUUAUGUUCUAUGCACCUAACUGAAGAUGAAAUUGCGUUAUUUUCUGCAUUUGUACUGAUGUCAGCAGAUCGCUCGUGGCUGCAGGAAAAGGUAAAAAUUGAAAAACUGCAACAGAAAAUUCAGCUAGCUCUUCAGCAUGUCCUACAGAAGAAUCAUCGAGAAGAUGGUAUACUAACAAAGUUAAUAUGCAAGGUGUCUACAUUAAGAGCCUUAUGUGGACGACAUACAGAAAAGCUAAUGGCAUUUAAAGCAAUAUACCCAGACAUUGUGCGACUUCAUUUUCCUCCAUUAUACAAGGAGUUGUUCACUUCAGAAUUUGAGCCAGCAAUGCAAAUUGAUGGGUAAAUGUAUCAACUAAGCACUUCUAGAAUGUCUGAAGUACAAACAUGAAAAACAAAAAAAAUUAACCGAGACACUUUAUAUGGCCCUGCACAGACCUGGAGCGCCAACACACUGCACAUCUUUUGGUGAUCGGGGUCAGGCAAAGGAGGGGAAACAAUGAAAACAAAUAAAAGUUGAACUUGUUUUUCUCAUGCAUAUGAUUUCCAUUAUGCCUACAGAUAUGGACCCUUUUUCUGUCUCGACUUCUCGAUGAUUGACCUCUGUUUACAACAGAAGGAGGGUACUAAAGUUGGAGGAUUUCCUUUUCUUGUAGCUCACUGCCCACAGACUUUCUACAGAGUCACCAAUCUGUCAGGAACAACAGAGAGUCCAGCAAUAAUCGGUGUCUGGUGUGCAUAGCGGAGGUUGCGGCAUUACUUUGCACAACUUGCUCUUUGUUUCAUGAAGGAAGUUUUUAUUUUUUUCACCGAUUAUUGCCAGUCAGCAGGACGGCAUGAAAAGGGUCCAUAGCACUAGCAACAAUAGCAUUAUAAUAUAUUACAGGGUAAAUGGGCAUGAAGACUAUAUAUAGCUAAAAGAGAUAUUGUUUAUAUAUUGUUUUAAUUAAUAUAAAAUGUAGUUACUGGUGUAGCUUUUCCUGUUGAAUUGAUAAGGCACUUUCAUUUUGCACCUUUUUCUUUAAAUUAAAUGCUAGCGUGUUCACUGUCGUGUCGCAUGUGCACCAGAAACACAAGUUUAACUGAGAAGGCUUGGAAGGUACGUCGGGAGGUGUUUAUGCUGCUGUUUACAAAAUUACUUUUAAAAGACUGGCUGGUCAUAUCUAGAAAUCACGAUGUUGGAUUUUUAUUUUUUUUACAUGUGAAUUUGGAAUUAGAAAUGGAACUCUCCCUAAAUUAUACUUUGUGUUUUGGUAAGUUUAAGGAUAGAUGUGUUUAUGCUUCAUACAAAGUUGAAUGAUCGAUUGGUGCUGUGGAUUUAUACCAUCAUGCACAUUAUUUUUAAAAAGCUUUUUUAAAUGCCAUCUCAUGGAGGCAGGGGAGGAGACGUUCAUUUAUACAAUUCAGUAGUUAUAUAGACUCAGUCUCAACUUGGAAUUCUUAUGCUUUGAGAACAAAUCAGUAACCACAAUAUUUAUUCUAAUCUAGCUUUUAUUAUAAGAAGGACCCAAAGAUUAUAUCUGGAGCAAAGGCAAACUCCCCAUGUAAGGACGUGAAGCAUUCACUUUAUGAAUGUUUAUAUUCUUGGUAUAAUCUAGGAACCCUAAGAGUUUAUCUCAGAGUGAACUAUUUCUAGACUAGCUGCCUCUACAUGCUAUAAUUCUAGAACAUUGCUCUCCAUAUUUCAUAGACAGUGAAUAGGGGGAGGUGAGAGAGGCAUGCCAUGUUGAACCAGUUUCUGUUAUUUAAAUAUUAAAUAUUUUAAGCCUUUAAAGUGAA